CACAGACACACACACACACACACAAGCCUAAAUCAAGGGGGGCCAAAAACCAAAGGUUUCUCCUCUCGCCCUCAACCCCCAACCGUCCACCAGGUGUCCUCGGACCUUUGGUCACGUGACGUCCCACCUGACGUCUGCAGCACCUGUUCCCACUUGCCCUCAUCAGCCCUGCGGCUUCCUUCCCUUUGCUCUCCUCGUCUCCCCAGAGCUGCCAUGUGCCUCGUGCUGUCUGUGGGCGCAUGCUAGGUGUAGCUAACAUGCUAAACGCUAACAGGCUAAUCGCUAACAUGCUGAAGGUCGGCUGGAUCUUCAGUUGCGUGUGUGACGUCUUCAUACGUGUUUUUACAUUAACCCCCAACGUGGCGGCAGUGGGACUGAGUGGACUGGUUAUACUGGGACCAGAGGGGAUAAGUGGACUGGUUUACACUGGGACCAGAGAAGCACAGUGGACUGGUUAUACUGGGACCAGAGAAGCUGAGUGGACUGGUUAUACUGGGACCAGAGAAGCACAGUGGACUGAUUACACUGGGACCAGAGAAGCAGAGUGGACUGGUUACACUGGGGCAAGAGAGGCUGAGUGGACUGGUUAUACUGGGACCAGAGAAGCAGAGAGGACUGGUUAUACUGGGACCAGAGAAGCAGAGUGGACUGGUUACACUGGGGCAAGAGAGGCUGAGUGGACUGGUUAUACUGGGACCAGAGAGGCUGAGUGGACUGGUUACACUGGGACCAGAGAGGCUGAGAGGACUGGUUACACUGGGACCAGAGAGGCUGAGUGGACUGGUUACACUGGGGCAAGAGAGGCUGAGUGGACUGGUUACACUGGGACCAGAGAAGCAGAGAAGACUGGUUACACUGGGACCAGAGAAGCAGAGAAGACUGGUUAUACUGGGACCAGAGAAGCAGAGUGGACUGGUUAUACUGGGACCAGAGAGGCGGAGAGGACUGGUUACACUGGGGCAAGAGAGGCUGAGUGGACUGGUUAUACUGGGACCAGAGAAGCAGAGUGGACUGGUUAUACUGGGACCAGAGAAGCAGAGAAGACUGGUUAUACUGGGACCAGAGAAGCAGAGUGGACUGUUUAUACUGGGACCAGAGAGGCGGAGAGGACUGGUUACACUGGGGCAAGAGAGGCUGAGUGGACUGGUUACACUGGGACCAGAGAGGCUGAGUGGACUGGUUACACUGGGGCAAGAGAGGCUGAGUGGACUGGUUAUACUGGGACCAGAGAAGCAGAGUGGACUGGUUACACUGGGACCAGAGAGGCUGAGUGGACUGGUUAUACUGGGACCAGAUGAACUGAACCUGGAACAGAUUGAGGACGUCUUCGGGUGUUCAGGUCUUAUAAUGAAGAUCUUAAAAGGAACCUCUCAGAGGCAAAAGGUGUUUUCCUGUGGAGAGGGAGGAGGAGACGAAGCGACUGACAGGUGGAGCAGCUGGAUGUGAGACGACGAGCCAUAUUGUUGAAUCACAUUCACGCCGAGGCCACCUGCUGCUCCGACAGCCGACCAGAGAGACGCCGCAACGGCGCCGCGACCUCCACCUCAACAGAGACCCUGAUUAGUCGGCAAAUCAUGCAAUAUUAUUUCUAAUUUCAGAUUAAUGGGAACCGACGCAUUUGAGAAGCUGGACUUAUUUUGGUGAUUUAAAAAAAGUUGCUUUAAGUAUCGUUUUUGUACCAGAAGUUAAACGAGGCAACAUUUUUUUGAUAAAUAUUCUUUUUUUUUUUUUCAAAUAAAAAAUGUGGAACAUUUCCUAAUAUCA